CCCUGUUUGAGCACCUCUUAAAUUCCUCUUUUAAAUAAGCAUACAACACUCAGGGAUAAUGUAGCUUUUUAAUGAUGAAAGAAUUUUUGAAAUCGGUCCAGCUGUUCUUGAGUUAUAAAUGGUCUAACAUUUGUUCGAACUCUCUUUUAUAUUUAUAUAGAUUACAAUACAAUAUUUGUUGGUUAAAUUCAGCAUAAUAAUAAUAUUAUACUCUAGUAAAGUAAUACAACAAGUACUGGCUUAAAAACAAGGGGAAGUCAAUAAAUUCGAAUCGAUCAUAAACAGAAUAGCAUAGUAACCGGAAAAUUGUAUGAAAAACAAUAGCGUGUCAAAUAAACUAUUUACCAAUAGAAGCAGACUGACGACACACCAGCGGACAAAUGGAGAAGAAAUCUUACCCAUGCGAUGUUUGUGACAAGUCGUUUAACCGAAGUGGAAAUUUGACGAAUCAUCGACGCACGCACACUGGCGAAAAACCAUACACGUGUGAUGUAUGCGACAAGUCGUUCAGCCGAAGUAGCAAUUUGACGAAUCAUCGACGCACGCACACCGGCGAAAAACCAUACACGUGCGAUGUAUGCGACAAGUCGUUCAGCCAAAGUAGCCAUUUGAAGAAUCAUCGACGCACGCACACCGGCGAAAAACCGUACACGUGCGAUGUAUGCGACAAGUCGUUCAGCCAAAGUAGCCAUUUGAAGAAUCAUCGACGCACGCACACCGGCGAAAAACCGUACACGUGCGAUGUAUGUGACAAGUCGUUCAGUGAAAGUGGCCAUUUGAUGAGACAUCGACGCACGCACACUGGCGAAAAACCAUACGCGUGUGAUGUAUGCGACAAGUCGUUUAACCAAAAUAGCCAUUUGAUGACACAUCGACGCACACAUUUCUCUGAAAAUUGUAAUUUGAUGGUACACAAGCGGACGCAUAUAGCACACUGAUAGGAUCAAUCAAAGAUCUAUGAUCCAAGAGACAUAUUAAAAGAGGAUAAAUCAAGUUAACGUUAACAUAUUAUUAUGGUGUCCCUGCUAAAGUGUUAGUUUUGUCAUGUAGUUUUUUCUCAAUAGUAAAUAGCAAAUGUUUCAUAUUAUGCAUAAAUUAAUACUACAUUCCGUGUAGUUUUCAAUUUUCCAUUUAAAAUAUUGAAUAUAAAUAUUAUGUAUUUUGGACUUCAAAAAUAUCGCCAAGUUAAAUAUACUCCAACAAAAACCUAACUGUGAAAAAAGGCCAAGUUCCAAACUCCCUCCCAAAAAAGUCGGCCUAUCAAAGUAGUAAAAUCUACAUUGUGGUCAAGUCUGCUGUUUUUUAAUCCGUAACCUCACUGCACUUCUACGUUAAAGUGCAACACUCCUCUUUUAUUUGUAUUGUUUAACACUUGGUCAGUUUCUGAAUGAAGCAUAAAGGCAUUUAAAUUAUGAAUUAUGUCACAAAACUUUCUAUGUGUCACUAUUAUAGUCAGACCUCUCUUAUAGUAUUGUUCAGUCGUAUGGAAUCCCCUCACAAAUUGGUCUCAUCGAAAUAUCACUUGAGCAUAUGGAAAGACGUUUCUUGCGGUUCAUUGGCUAUAAGAGAUGUCUUGGUAUUGACCACAAUCUCCUUGGGAUGGCAUUGUUUCAUUUAACAUUCAAGCCAAACAAAAUUUGAUAUAACUAGACGUGACUUUUAAAUUAUCCUUCCUUUCCAAAAUUGUAAAAGGUACUAUAAAUAAUAACAGCCUGCUCAUACUUGCUACACUCACUUAACUUUCAUAUCUCCAAAUUCUACUCUCAGUCCACUCCUACAUUCAAAAUCCUUUAUCACCGUAAUUCUUAUGGUUUUAACAACCCUAUUGACCGUAUAUCUUGUGUGUGUAUUCGGAUUAAUAAUUUUGAUGUGUUUGUUAAAAUAUAUUUGUAUGCUGUUAUUUCAUUUUCCCAUUUCAAUUCACACUAAUUUAAGUCUAAUUGUUUACUUAAUCAUUAUACUUAUGAGCUACGACGUCGUAGCGUACGCCACGUAUUAAUAAUAUUUUGUUGUACCUCAGAUAUUUUUUGUUCUCUCUCACUGUCAUUUUUUUUAUAUUAAAUCAUUUUUAUUCUCUUAUUGAACCUAAUCUUAUAUAUUGUACUGUACUUGAGCCUACAGGUGUUUACUUAAUAAAUAAAUAAAUAAAUGCAUAAAUCAACUACCUACAAAAAUGUCCAAGCCACCGUGGCCCUUAUAUCUUCCAAACCAAUAUCAUAAAUGACCUAUUAAUUACCAUUAGUGCGCAAAGUUAAAUGAUAAACUCCUCGUUAAAAUCUUGAUUUCGAUACGUCAAACCAUUCAAAAAAGCUAUCUGCUGAAUUUACAAUCUCAGCAAUAUUUAAAAAUAUAUAUUUUAUAUUGAAAAAUUUAAAAAUGUUGAACAACUGCAUUAUUAAAAAAGAAAGAGGAUUAAAGAAGAAGGGUAUUUAUGUAGGUUUUUCUCUCGAUGAACUUUUAAAACUAUCGAUUACACAUUUACACUGACUCACAAAACUACAAUCCCCUAUCCUCUUUUAAAAAUGUAAUUUUUAUGUACUGCGAGGAUAUUUCAUCGUGAACCAGCCGUCAGUAUACUCUGAAUUUACGGAAAAUUUUUAAAUUUUAAAAACUUUUAGGAUUUUUACACCGAUUAUCGUAAAAAAAUGCAUUU